UAGUUCCGUCCGGCCUAUCACGCGAUGACACGUAUCGCCAUAUACACCACUCGCUCCUCCUCCUGCAGCAAGUGUCAGAAGCCGUGUUGCAGAGAGUGCAGCAGAGGGUUGAUGAUGAGGCAAAGCUGGUUGCUGACAUCAGCAAGAGAGUCGCAACCGCAAGCAAGCAGGUGGAUCUCGUCCUCUCCACCAGGGCACCAGUCCACAUCAAAUCCCCGGCGUCUCUGCCAAUUCCAACUGCAACAACAACGCUGACAAGGCUGAACACUCCCCUUCACGUCAACAAUCCAAGCCUCACCACUGCAGGCUCUGCCUGCAGCCUUCUCUUUCCUGCCACAGUGCCACUCCUGCUGGAAGAAGAAACUGCCUUACCCGGAGCUACCAGAGUUACCAGUGCUAGCAAACCUACCACUGCCAGCGUUGCACAAUCCGCGAACGUAUCCCAGAACCUUCUGAGAUUACCGCUUCCUGCACCACCGACACUCCCGGCUUCCCUAGCCUCAGAAAAUUCCUUUAUAAGCACUUCAUCCUUUGCUGAACCCUUUGCUGGUGACUAUAUUGAAGGGGAAAGCACACCUGGAACGGAGAGCAGCGUGGGUGAUCCGAGGGGGUUUCUGGCUGCUCCUCAGUUGGCCGCUUUCUUUGCAACCUCCUCCGACGCUGCUGCAGGGAUUCCUAGUGCUGCUGUGCCAGGGCUUCCCAAUGUUGGAAGGGAUUUGGCUGUCACAGGGGUAUCUUCUGCUCCUAUUUCCCGGGCUUCAGGUGGAGAUGGGGCAGGAGAGAGAGCCUUAGGAGGGGUGCUCUUAUCGGGUAAAGAAGGAGGAGGAGCAGCAAGGGGGGUGCUUCUGCCUAACCCCCCUGGGGGGAUGAUGCUUCUCAGUGACUUGUUACCUGCUACCAGUGCCACGUCUACUGGCAACUCGCUCGAUUCGCAAGGCACUGCCUCUGUUGAAGGUGCGAAUUCGGGAGUGGAAGAUGCGAGAGAAUCUCGAGCCUUUGUCACGCGUGCAGCCACGACCACUGCAGAGCGGUGCCUUGAGCUGCUGCAGCAGCCGCUCACUCCCUUG